UCGUAGUGAUUUACUGGCUAGCGCAACCUGUACAGGCCCUGCCUCGGCAUUGGCGAGUUCGGCCCAAUUCCGCGUUCCCUAGCCAACACUGUCCAGAAACUGGUCGUUGUUCGCUGAUGAAAACUUAUUACCGGUGUUUACCAUUAUUUAUCAGUACUCCAACUUAUAAUUUUUAAAGUUUACUCCAGACGUCCACUGUGAUAUUUCAUAAUGAAUAACAUAAUUGAAAAACGACGACGAACACGCGACCGUGUGCGAAGGCAUCGUUUCGUUCAUCAAAACACUAUUGUGCCACAGAACCAUCCGCUAAAUGAUGACAGUGACUCUGACAUCAACUCCGAAACUGAAUGUGUCAGUGAUCAAGAAAAUAGUAAUAGGUCUGAAGAAGAUGUAUCCGAGGGUGGUAUUUCUGAACAAUUACUUGAACAUAGCCAAAGUGAGAUCGACGAAGAGAAUGGUGACUCAGGUGACGGUUCUCAGAUAGACCACGAAGAAAGUGUAUCAUCAGCCAGUGUCAUUGAUGAAAACAGUGAUAUCGGCUCAUCUAUAAAUGAAGCGACUGACGAUAGUUUGAAUGAACGAAAUGAAGCUGAGGAAAUUCGAAAAUGGGCAAUAAAAGAACACCUUAGUCAUUCUCAAUUGGAUGGGCUUUUGGUGAUUUUGAGGAGAAGAUUGCUGCCUGAACUUCCAAAGACAGCAAAAACAUUUCUACGUACAUCGGCAGUGGCCUAUGAUAUACAAGACAUGGAAGAUUAUGAUGGAAAUAUGGGACAAUUCGUGUACUUUGGUAUUGCUGAAAGGCUUCGAGCCUGUGUCAAUGAAGAAGUGCACAUAGUUGUCCACGAACCAGACAUAUACGAGCCGGUGCCUGUAGCUAUAUACGCAGGUUCUACAAAACCAAAAAGAGUUGAUGAGUUCUUGGAUGAGUUCAUUGAGGAAAUGAACCAACUAUCAGCGAAUGGUAUUGACAUUAAUGGCAGACUGUUUCAAGUAAAAAUUCAAAGUUUCAUAUGUGAUACGCCAGCUAGGUCUUUCCUCAAAUGUGUUAAGGGUCAUACUGGAUAUUAUGCGUGUGAAAGGUGUACCGUGAGAGGUUGCAGACCUGGCAGAUCUACUGUAUUUCCUGAUGCGGAUUGUCCUGAACGAAGUGCUGAGGACUUUAAUAGACAAAGGCAGCGAGAGCAUCACAAUAGUGUUUCGCCAUUGCUACGUUUAAGACCUGCACUUGUCAUGGUGUGA